CGUUUGAAGAUCAAACAUCAGAAAUCUUCAAAACCUACUAGCAAAUGAAAAUUUUCAUUUUUUAAAAGUUUUAAUCUAAUUCUGUUCAGUUUUAGUUAAAAUAUCAUACUUUUCUUUGGCUGUUGAAUUUUCAGAGGUAUGUACUCUGAGACAGUUUGUAUGAAAAUAAGCAUGCAAACGUUGUUUUGUAGGCUUUUUAGUUAGCUCAUGCGUUGUUUAAGGUAUUAAAAUAAAAAGAAUAUCACUUUGACAGAAAAGUUUGAAAGACCGGGCAUACCUUGAUAAUUAUUGAUAAUGGCUACCAAGUAUUUGGCAUGCUUUUUGCUGCUAUUUGAAAGAAGUGUCUGUUAUGAGAACUUAUGCAGAAAACCAGGUAUAAUUGCAACCCAAAGCUCAGACAGAGAAGGUUUACCUGCGACAAAAGCUAUUGACGGUAAUUACAGUCUGCUUUAUCAAGCGUGUGCUCACACAGCGCCUGGCAAGAGAGAAGCUUGGAUUCAAGUGGAUUUAAUAACAACCUACAGGCUUAACUCCGUAAAAAUAUUUUACAGAAAUGGCAUUGACUGGAGACCUUACCGGUUCCGUCAGUUCUAUUUGGAUGUAUCAAACACAUCAGCAGCUGUCUCCACCACAUCAACACCACAGAGGGUUCGCUGCUACAAAGAUAACACUACAUACCCAGCCACGCCCCCUGCUGUGUUUGACAUUCCUUGUAAACAGACAGCACGAUACGUCAUCAUAGAAACCACUUAUAAUGCACCUGAGAAUGGUGCAGAGACUGGACCUAUGCUAGAAAUUUGCGAAAUGGAAAUUUAUGGAUGCCGCUCUGAAUGUUUCGGGGAUACCUGCUACUCAAAUGGUGAAUGUGACACGUGUGGCGGAGGUCACUGGGGAUAUACAUGUCAAAGUCAUUGCUCUUCUAAUUGCUACGUUGGAUCUUGUGACAAAUAUAGCGGAUCUUGUAAUCGAGGGUGUCAAAAUGGAUUCUGGGGAAAUGACUGCAAUACAAAGUGUAGUGCGCAUUGUUUGAAUGAUAUUUGUGAUUUUGAAGAUGGAACCUGUGUUAGGGGAUGCAAGUCUAACUUUAUUGGAGCUAAGUGUCAAAAGUGCAGCAAAAAUCAUUAUGGACCACGAUGUGAUCUACACUGUAGUCCAAGCUGUUUAAAUGGAAGCUGUUUUACAAGUAACGGGACGUGUAAAUAUGGUGUCAAUAGCACCUUCAAUGAUGGCAAAAAUAGUUCAGCAAACGACCAGGCAUCAAAGAGAAGUAAAAAUAUUAAUUCGAUUCUGUACGGUGUGGUUACAAUUCUUUUCAUAAGUAUUUUCCUCAACAUAUUUUUCGUUGUACGAAAUUUAAGACAAACAUUCAAAAAAGACAAAACUCAACAAGGUUCAAAGGAAGACACGAACCAACCAAAAUAUGAGGAAGAGGAUGAUAACACAGGCUACCAAGAACUUAAAUAUUUAGGUUAACCCUCUGAUUUUGAUGAUUUCAAAUGAAUGCAGGUCAAAGAUUGUAGUAUAAGGACAUUAGCAAACAAGCUUAAUCUGGAAUAAUUGUUCAAUGUUGAAAAGUCAAACGUUUUAUGCUAUUGAAAUUUGCUAAGAUUUUUUUUAAAAAGAAUUAUUUUUAAUACCUUGUAUCCAAAUAUAAGGGAUCCGCAUAUGAUUAAUACCAUGUCUCAAUAUUCAUUGCUGUAAUCAUUUUCUAGAGGAGUAAAGAAAACAGCUUUGUAGAACAUCGAAUAUAACCCUCUACAUAUAUGCAUCGAUCCUUGCAAUGGUUUUAAUUAACUUAAAUUAGUUAAUUAAUUAAGGAAUAUAGUAUAGAUAUGGGGAUUGGAGUACAAUUUAUAUCUAUAAUUUUGGACAGAGCAAAUAUUUUUUUUCAAACUGCCACACUUCAUAGAAGAAAGUACAGUUCAUAGAACUUGCUUGUUCCUUUAAAAUCCACUUCACUUGCCAGCAAAGGAAUUAACACAGUGAAAUGCUGUGUUUUUUUUAAGAUUACAAAGUUAAGAUUUUGUUGUGUCUGAUUGAUAAUGUUUUAUAAUUGUUUUUUUUUUGGAGAUCACGUCUUCCAACAAUCUUUCAGGAUUCCUAUGGGUA